CUGGCCUGAACUGACAGGGCCUCCCUUCAUCCCACCUGCGCCUGUGUCCGUCUCUGUCUAUGUAUGUGGCAGAAGAGAUGAAUGCUGAAGAGGUCCCCGUGAAUGAGAGCUCGCCGGCCCCUGACAUCCUCGCCUUUCUCACCGCUUCGGUGGCCGCUGACCUAGCCCUACCCAGCGUAGCCCCUGCCGGGGCAAAGCCUGAUCCCGUGCCCAUCAUCAUCGCCCUCGUCUUCAUCUUCCUCCUGCUGGCCACCUGCCUCCUCUUCAUCACCCUGUGCAAGCCGGCAGCCCUGGUCCCAGGCCCUUGCAGUCCAAGCGAGUGCAUGCCCCAUCACCCUGCCAGCCCCGGUGAACCCCGACUUCGUCUCUGGAAACGUCUGGGCUCCCUGCGCCACUCCAGGCGGGGCUUCCACCGCAGCCGGCCUGGCUCCCGGUGCCCCCAGUCUGCCCCCAGCUGGGUCUUCACGGAGUCCACCCAGAUGUGAGCCGCAGGUCUACCUUUUGGGUCUCCUCCAUUUUGGAGGCUCCCUGAGGGGUUCCUGUGGGAUGACUCUGAAGGGAAAUGCCCCCAAUAACCCCUGUGAACUCUAAAACCUAACCCAGAUACCAGGAGGAUCAGGAGUGGAGGGUACUGCCCUUGGCCUAGAGACUUGACCACAAACAAGUACAGUUGAGCUCAAGGGCUCAGCCUUUGUCUUCUGAGGGGAGUCUGAGUAGGCAGCAGGGAUGUCCUGCACAGGGAAGUAGAUCUCUAUUGAAGGGGGACCCUGUUGUCAUGAGGCAGAGCUACAGAAGCCAAGCUGCUGGGUGUCCAGCCCUCCUUCCACUUCCAAGCCUUGGGAAGUCCCACAAAAGUACAGUAGGGGAGGCUGAGGGCCCCCAGUACAGACCAAGUUCAAAGGACAAGAGUGGAACACUUGCAAAAGUGUUUGAACAGUCAGAGAGGAGAGAGAAGCUGGAAAGGGGAGCAGCG